AUGCAAGAUAUUAUAGACCAUUUGCCUAAACUACCUGAAAUACAACAACAAAAACUCACUAUUCCAGAAUUCGAUGAAAUUGAAGUCAGACUGACUGACUCAGUAGAAAUAAAGAAGUUCAUACGAAAGGUAAACUAUGAAUUCCUUGGAUUUCAUUGCAACCAUAAAGUUAUGGACAUAUAUAAAUCUGAAGAAUUUAAGACCUACGACAACUUUGUUUCGUUAGUUGCUGAGUGUGUCUUGCAGAUAAGAGAUAAAGAUAGAAGAGGUAAGGUAUGGAACCAACAGAUAAAACCAGCAACUUUUGAGUUAAAGAGAGCAAUUGACGCCUUAGUCAUACUAGCAGGACAAAUUUCAGAAUAUAACGCAAAAAUGAACUCACAAUGUUCAAAAUGUAAAGCAGCAACAAGGAAAUAUAACUACUCCGUCAAAGAGAUAGAAAGAAUGAGAAAAGACCAUACUGACUUAAAGAAAGAAGUAGAGAAACCAGCAGAAGAUAAAAUGGACAUGUUGACAUUUCUGAACAAAAACUAUCCAACUGCUAACGAUUUCCUUCUUUCAGAUGUCAAGAAGAAAUAUAAAGAAACCUUCGGCAUAGUUAAAAUUUUUGAUAUCCUUCGUGAAGAAAUAGAAGCUACAAAACUGUUUAAAGUCAUGAACCAUCACAACAUAUACCAUGUAAAACGCUUAUAA